AAACGUUGCUUAUUAUUUUUAUAAAUCCUUCAGGGAUUCUUGUGCUGUCCAUGUAUCGUCGUUGUCAUGGGUGACGUGGAGAAAAAAAGACCAGCCAUCGCAGGCAGAGAAAGAGGACCAGGACCUGGACGUUACUCACUGCCCUCUACCAUCGGCUUCAUUGGCCACGACUUCACAAAACCCACCAGCCCUGCUUGCUCCUUCCAUGGACGCAUGAGCAACAACAUGUACUCUGUAGACUCCAGCCCUGGGCCUAGAUACUAUGUUGAUGCUAAAAUCACUCGCUUUGGAAGAGAUGGAAACCCUGCAUACUCAAUCUUGGGUAGAGUGAAAGCACAAAGAACGAUCUUCCAGACACCUGGACCCGGAGCCUACAGCCCCGAGACCCCUACCUACAACACCAAACGCAAGCCCCCCUCCUACACCAUGGGCUCCCGAACACAGUACCGGGCCUUGGACGCUGUGCCCGCACCAAAUAAGUACUCCCUGCCAUCACUAUUGGGGCCCCAGGUUCCCAACAAGGCAGCCAGCGCGAGCUACACUAUGUCUGGCUUCUACAAGACUGGGAGCCCGUCCGAAGAUCUAUCCAAGACCCCUGGGCCGUGCAAAUACAACUGCACAGACCCCAGUGUGUAUCUGCGCAGACAGCCAGCCUUCUCCAUGCUGGGGCGCCACGGCCUACCCAGGGACGCCACUAAGAAGCCGGGCCCGGGGACCCACAACCCUGAGAAGGUGACCAUCAACAAACCCCGGGCGCCGGCCUACUCACUGGGCACGAGACACUCAGAGUUUGUGACCCCUUUGGUAGUUCAAUUGGCGGACUGA